AGCAACUUAACGCGCGUUUAACUUUCCCUUUCAACUCCAGAAUCCAUGGACGUUGGGCAUCGCAUAUUCUCGGCGCAGAGGCAAUCAUCUUAGUCCCAAGGGCUCCAAAAUUCAAAUAAUUAUAGAUUCGUUUGAAUGCCGAGAUAGGAGUCGAGAAUGCCAGCUUUCUCGGCCAUCAACCUCGAGCCUGAAGAAAAUGUAGACGAGGAGGUCGAUACCACCAGAGAGCUUCAUGUGGACGAUGCUUUAAAGCACUUUCAGACAGCCCUCAAGCUUCACGCCCAAGGCCCCCGAUUCUUCGACGAAGCUUCCGAUGCCUACAAUGCGCUCUUUGAGUGCGAUAUUUUCAAGUACCCCGAGAGCAAGACAGAGUAUGACCGGACUGAGACACAACCGGAUUCGCCGCUCGCCCUCGAGUCAAGCUUCGUAGCUCCCUUAGAUCUGGCCGGAGGUGAUGGAGAUGGCUUUGGUAGCAGCUUGCCUCAGGCACUAUACUUGGCCUACAAGAACCACGGUCGGUUUCUUCUGGAUCGCAUCAAGCACCAGGCUCGCACAUCUCGGGCCGACAGUGUGUCGGUGUUUGAGGAGCCAGGCGUGCUUAACGAGGCCAGGAAUGCUCUCAGAUCCUUCACGGCUGCUCUAGACCGCGACCCAUCGGAUGCCGAACUGUGGAGAAAGACCGCCCGUGUCGCGGCAUUUCUCAAAAGCGCCCGUAUUAGCCGGUAUAGCUUGGAAGCGGCACUCGAGCUUGAUGAUGACCCUGCGGUCGUGGAUGUUGAACCUCCGUCCCUGGCCGAAGCGUUUGCAGGAGAGCAGCUGAAAAAACAGCUAGGAAUCCUCUCCGACGACAUGGCACUAACACACCCCAUCAUGAAGCCAUUUUUGACUCGAAAGUUGCCCACUGCCUUUGAGCGGUAUCUUGACCCGGCUCCAUUCCUACCGGAUCCUACUUCGCGUGUUGCCAUCCCGAAACCCGCUUUGCAAGAGACAACUGAGCACCGCCUAGCAAUCGACGUCCCAAGCCUAUCCUGGGCGGAGCUUGGCUUAGAACUUGUGCACUUCCUUGCGGAACAUGGCCCGUCUGGGGAGGCGCUCCGUAUCCAGCUCCCCGACGUGUCUGAACAGGGGCAAGAUGAGCAAAUGGAAAUUGAUCAACAGCUACAAGCCACAGACGAACCUCGAAAGCCGGGCGCCAGGACUGAGAGCCGGAAAGCUGAGGAACCCCCCGAUAAGGCAGCCGAGUUGGUCGCCUCGCCAUCAGAACCGGUCGUAGAGACACCGGUGGUUUCUGAGAACCCACAGCCCAAGGAGCGGAGCAUGUCACUUCCAUCCAGGAAACGGUCACAAUCCGCGGCUGGAUUGCCGGAAGCAGCGGAAGAUGAGAAUGGCGAUACGAAGAGAAUCAAACGCACCAGGCGGCGGGAUACUGCGGUUGAGGAAGCGAAAGCGAUGGACCCAGCUACCCGACUUGCAACCCAGCUGCAACCAUUUCAAGCUGCUGACCAGAAUCUGUUCCAGAUGACGAAAAACAUGCUGGAGAAUCUCGAUGUGACGGAUCGAGCUACCCUGGAUAGGAUGGCUGAAAUCCUGGACACAUGUGCAUCCGAGGAGCGGACCGCCAAGAUUAGCAAUCCAGCUGCCAUUGACUUGCGCGAGUCGAUAGUCUCUUUCGAUGAGAAUAACGCCAAGAUUCUCCUGAAUAAGAAGGAGAGCCCGCAACUUGGACUAUCCGCCUUCCUCGAGCACACAAAGUCCGGCUCGCAGCGCGCCGUCGAGACGCCCAUUUUUGACGAAACCCGAGGCCUGAAGGCGUUUGUGGACCGAAUCAAUGCAGGGUGGCAUACCAUACACGACAUUGCCCACGAAUGGGUCAAGGCUGUGACGCAGACCUACACCGCGUUCAAAUGGUCAGAUCAAAUGAAGACUGCUGUGGUGCAAGUUAUCUGCCGUUUAGACGACGCCAUUUAUGACGGGAUCUCAUAUGAACUCCGGCACGACCAAAGGAAAGCAAGCACGAACAAUACCUCAGAGGAACUUGUCUCGGUGGCCCAGAUGCUCUUUGAGCUACAUCUUGAUGUGUACCAGCGCAUCACGAAUCCGAACAGCGUGGUGGAGUAUGCCACCCGGGUGGAGACAAGGGGACGCCUGGGUAGAUGGAUGCGCAUGGCCGCCGAGGCGAUUAGAAGCCGCGUUCGCGAGGCCGAAGACGACGUGACCGUUCGCUUCCUCUGGGCUGCCGUCUUUUCCACAUCCCUUUCUGAGGGCGUUGCGCGGGACCACACCUUAGCCUGUUGGGAUUGCCUUCGGGACGAGCUUUCAGGCGCCGACCAUGAUAUCACGCUGCCGAAUAACGCAGUUAUGCCUGAAAUCUCUGCCACUGCCGCAGACAGAGAGAUAUCUAAGCUGACAACCAUGGACUUCUUCCUAGGCCUCUUCCAGGAAGACAUGGGUGAGCCUGUCUCGGUCGUCGAUACGCUUGAGCCGGUCUUGAACCCCGAAUCAGUCUACGUUGGCAGCACCGGCCAAACUGAGAUUCAUGAUGACGGCUCCGACGGGGCAGGGCGGAAAGACGGCAAGGUGCCAAUCACAGAGUGUGCAAGCCAGGGGCUGCGCGACCUGUGGAAGUUUAUCGAGAACAGCAACACCGACCUCCGGCUAUUCCUCUGGACCAGGCUCGGAGAGGCGUACGGGAAGAUCGAGUACACGACUAAGCAAUUCUCAUGCUACCUUAGAAGCAUUGAAAUGGUACUUGCUGACUUCGACCGCGAUGCCUACCUAAGCACCCCGCCAGACUCGAGGAGGACACUUUUGGUCACGAUGCUCAAGUCACUGGACGACCUUGUCAUCCAAGCACUCGACCUGGCGCUGAACGAUAACAGUGCAUUCGAUGUCAUUGAUGAGGCUCACCUCAAAUCAACCUCGUCUGCACUGGCGAGACUGAGCUGCCUGCUGCACACAGCUGCCAUGCUCGACGACGAGGUUCGUAUUGGAAUGACGCAGCCUCUGGUGACCAGCCCAACGUACACGUCCUUCCUCAACAAACUCCAGGAUAUGCAAGUCAGGACCUGGUCCCUGCAAUACACGGUUCUCAAGGUCGCCAUCAGCCAGAACAGGGCUAGCUUUCCCAAGCCCGAAACCGAACUGGCCGAUUACCUCGCAGCUGUACAUCAAGUCCUGGGUCUGCGCAAAUGCUGCAAGGCCGUCAACAAGGUCUUCUUGAAGAUGAUGCGCGUCGAGCUCUUGAAACAGAAGAAUAUGGAGAACUGGGAGGAUUACCUCGACCAAGUACUCUACGACCUUCACGGCCUGAAGCUGGGCUGGGAAGUUCAGGACCAUGGCUGUCCACCUGAGAAGCUCGAAAAGCGACACGCCAUGACGCUGGUCGAAAAGAUAGCCGUCAUGGCGAACCGCAUGUCGAUGAAGGACCUCCUAAAAUCCGAUCUCAAGAACACUAUAGACCAUAUGCAGCAGGCUAUCGGGUCGACCAAAUCCACGCCACAGAUGAUUCACAACCUCCGCAACUUCACCGAGUAUCUGAAAAAGCCCAUCCACCCUCUACGCCUCUACCAAGCCUUGACCGGCAAUGUCGCCCUCGACGCCGUAACCGUCAACACGCCCGAGAGCACCCUGGCAAAGCAUGGCUGGUUCUUUCUGUUGGGCAUGUUCGCCCUCACCAAGUUCAAGGGUGUCGACCUCAACAGGCGGCAGACGCCAGGGGCGACAGAUGAUCUACGGAUAGGCGCCACCUUCCUCCGGCUGCAGUUGCAGUUCACCCCGGACCGCUGGGAUGCAUGGUUUCGACUUGCCGAGUGCUUCGAUUACGAACUCGACGAAGCAGUGCUGUGGACGGCGGACAAGAUGAACAAGGACCGCGCCGAGCUUGUCAAGUUCCAGCGGAAUGCGAUUCAUUGCUAUACCCUUGCCUUGUCGCAUUCGCACUCGUGGGACCCCGAGUCAUCAGCAACCGGUUCCACCGAGGACGGCGAGGAGGCGCUCUGCGAACUCUACCAUAAAUUCGGCAUGAGACUCUAUGCUUCGAGCCGAGAACCUUUCGCAAUGGAGCCCUUCCAGCAUGCCGACCAAGAGCGGUUUUUUAUCGAGAACAUGGGCGCCGGAACCUACAAGAAGGUCUUGCACGAGCAGAUGACGGAUUACAAGGUCUGGAAGUACGCUGCGGGCUUGUUCAGGCGAGCAAUGGCCGGGAAGCCCAAGGACUGGAAGAACCCGUACAUGCUCGCCAAAUGCCUGUGGAAGAUGUUCCAGAAGCCCGUAGAGGCCCUUGACCACAAGGACAGCGUCAGCCGGCCCUCGGUUGAGACAGUCGUUAGAGCCCUUGAAAAGUCAGUCGAGGUCGUCUCAGCGCUUCCCAAGCCGCGGCAUGGGCAGGAUCCCAUCCUCGAACCGCAUUACAAGAUCCUCUCUGUCAUCUACAAACUGGUCACGCGAGGGUACUUGGCGGCACAAGAGGGAGCCGAUAUCCUGCAGCGGCAGCCCUACGCCCUCCAACCGGGCUUGGAUGUGACCAUUAAGGAUGGUGAUGACUGGGAAGCCUAUGUGGUCAGAUCCAUACGGCAUCUGCGCGACAAGGACAAGUCCAAUUGGCAGCAUCGAUUGGUCAUCCGCCACGCGCGCAUCCUCCUUGAGAACGACGACAAUAGCCCGGACAGCGAGCCGCCCGGCCGGGGCAACGGCGGCGGCUAUGUCUCCGCCAAGGCGGCCUUUACCGUCCUCCGCGAGGGCAUGUUCACAAAGACGAUGGUCAUGAACGUCUGGAAAUGCGAUGCCGAGCGGCCCGGCCGUCACCACGUGUACACCGAGAGAUACGUGCGCCUCAUGGUUGGCUUGCUUGUCGUUAUGAAUGACCGGGCCAACAUGGAGGCGCUCCUGCGCCGAAUUCGCAAAAAGGGUGCUGACUUCUACCAUUUCAAUGAUCUGUGGCAAUCGUGUGUCAUGGAAUAUCUGAAAUUGCUACGGCAGUCAUACCAUAUCCCCUUGACCGAGGAUGACGUGUUUAAGAGCGUGUCCCAGGAAGAGUUCGACGUCGGCGCCGAGGCGGUCAACGAGUGGGUGGGGCGCCCGGAUGCACAGGAUCAUCCCGUUCUCGGCGCCAUGAGGGAUGCGAUCGAGCUGAAGAAGCUGAACGGGAAUCUGAUGAAGGCUACGCCGAUCGACGACCUAAUCGCCGACUGCUAUUCGUCGCUCUACGUCGAUGUCAGGCCCCAGUUCCCGGAUCCGGAACCCGAGCACGGCAAAGACGACGAUGAACGAGGCAGGCAGCAGGGCGGGGGUCUCCCAGUCAACGGCAACAUCGAGAGGGUGAAGGAACCCACCACCACGCUUGGCUCUCUUAGGGCGGUCUCAGAACAGCCGGAGAAAAUGGAGAAGCAACUGUCGUCGACGGGCGACCCGGCGCCGAGGGCGCGCAGAGCCGGGGUUAGGAAGCCAGACAUACUGCGGAAGGCAGACCAAGCUGUCCAGCGAGCAGCGGAGGGACCGUCGAAAGCAGGGGCGAACGGCCACGGCAGCAAAUCCCGGCGGGGAUCCACGUCCGGCGGGAAGAACGACACGCCAAACGCCGAGGCGGAGGAGGACGCGGAGAGCGACGGCGGUGACGACGUCGCGCACGCCGAGGACGACGACGUGGAGAUGAAGGAGGGCGGCGCGGGUGACGAGGCAGCCGCCGGGAAUGGAGACGGAAAGCUGGGGCACGAGGAGGCGGGCAGUGAUAUCUCCAGCGUUCCAGGGAGCGUGCAUGACUCGGCGGACGACGAGAGCGACCUUAGUGAUGUGCCGGCUGACUACGACGACGACGGCCCGCCGCCGGCACUACUCUUCCCGAAUCUUAGGAGGAGUGUGGAUGUUGGGCUCGUGUCGGGCCAAGACACCGAGGUGGAGAGCACGGGUUCGGAGCCCAGUUCUCCCGCUGGUGAGGCGGGAUCGCCCCCUGCUGAGCAGUGAUGGGGGAUGGUAUUGACAUGGGCAGCUAGCUCCAUGGUAGUUGAAUAACCCCUGACGAGGAGCUGGAUCGGGGAAUGGUUUCCAAGUAAACAACAAGCAAUGGCGUUUUGAGUAUGGCUUGGAGUAUGGCUUGACAUACUCUUGUACAGACUAUUCUGUAUAUUACCUACAGUGUAACCUUUGUAUCUCAAAGAAAGGGGCCUUGGGUUGUGUAUCAUGCAAAACAAUCGAAAUAAUGGAUAGGUACCUACCAAACAAUCAGGUACCAUUCCAUAUCCAUA